CCAUGGCUUUUGCUUGGAGCGUACGCAAGUCAGCAUCUAAGCUCGCUUCCGUAUGUGGUCGAGUCCGGUCUAUCUCCGCAGUUGUGAACCUUCCGUCUAUAUCUCUUAAACCGUCUCCGCUGAGUCCGUUCGUCUCUCGUAGCUUUUUCUACUCGAUGGCUGUUGAUCAGCUGAGCUCUGAGCAAACCCUUCUCCUUGCUAUUGACUCCGAGCUCAAUUCCGCUUUCCAAAACGAUGAUCCCGACUUAAGUGAAGAGAUGACACCAGGAAGCUUCUUCCCUUUCGAAAUCGAAGACGAUGCUGGAGAUCAGAAUGUUACAUUGACCAGAGACUACAAUGGGGAACAUAUUAAACUUUCAGCAGACAUGCCUUAUCUUCAUGAUGCUGUCAUUGAUGCAUUUGGUCCUUCAUGUCCUCAUGAUGAACUAUUAUUUCCACUAGAAGUGACUAUCACCAAGAAGAGCGGACUCAGCCUAGAGUUUACCUGCCAGGUGUUUGCUGAUUAUAUGAGAGUAAGAGAGUUAACUGUGAAUCAUCCUGAGGAUUCUUUGGAGUAUCUAAUGGAAACUGACUGGCCUCCUCUCAAAAACUUGGACGAUAAUCUGAAGAAGGCGUUAGAAAGAUAUCUGACGACCAGAGUUGAAGCAAGCACAACGAAACUCUUGCAUAAGUACAUGAUGAGCAAAAUGAAGCGAGAGUACUUGGUAUGGUUGAAGAAUGUUAAGAAGUUUGUGGAUGAAUGAAACGGUAAGUUCGGUAUUGUAAAAAAUGAAGUGU